AUCCUCGCUGCUUCCUGCGUCUCUCUUUGGAUUCGUGCCGGCAUGGCUCACCCCACGAAGGUUAACGGCUGUGCCUCAGGAACAGCAAAUGAUGUUCUGAAUGGAGACCACGGCAAGGAGCAGAGAGACUCCUAUUUCGUGGAGACCCCGUAUGGGUACCAGCUAGAUCUGGAUUUUCUCAAAUACGUGGAUGACAUCCAGAAGGGAAACACCAUCAAGAAACUAAACAUCCAGAAGAGGCGGAAGGCCGCCGUGCCAUGCACAGACGCCAAGGCCACGGCCAGUCAGCAGGCUGUCUGGACUUCCACGGAAUCCCUGUCCUCGUCCAACAGUGAUGACAACAAGCAGUGCCCCGGCUUCCUCCCAGCCAGAAGCCAGGUGACGUCCACGCCCAUUUCCAGGCCACCUGCCCCACUGGAGACAUCCCCUUCUUUCUUGACCAUCCCCGAAAACCGACAGCUGCCACCUCCCUCACCCCAGCUCCCCAGCCACAACCUUCAUGUCACCAAGACACUGAUGGAGACCCGGAGAAGGCUUGAGCAGGAGAGAGUCACCAUGCAGGUGACGCCGGGGGACUUCCGGAGGCCCAGGCUGGCCAGCUUUGGAGGCAUGGGCUCCACAAGCUCCCUGCCCUCCUAUAUGAGCUCCGGAAACCACAAUCCCACCAUGCACCAGCUUCAGAAUGGUUACCAAGGCAACGGGGACUACAGCGGCUGCAUCCCGGCAGCCGCGGCCACCUCCUCCAUGGGGAGCUCCAUCCGCCACAGCCCCCUAAGCUCAGGAAUCUCCACCCCUGUGACCAACGUGAGCCCCAUGCACCUGCAGCACAUCCGGGAGCAGAUGGCCAUCGCUCUGAAACGCCUGAAGGAGCUCGAGGAGCAGGUGCGAACCAUCCCCGUGCUCCAGGUCAAGAUCUCCGUGUUGCAAGAGGAAAAAAGGCAGCUGGCCUCACAGCUGAAAAACCAAAGGGCUAUGUCCCAGCACGAUGCCUGCGGGGUGAGAAAGCGGUCCUACAGUGCGGGCAACGCCUCCCAGCUGGACCAGCUUUCCCGGGCCCCGAGAAGCGGCGGGGAGCUGUACAUCGACUAUGACGAGGGCGAGAUGGAGAGCGCAGAGCAGAGCUCGCAGCGGAUCAAGGAGUUCCGGCAGCUGACCGCGGACAUGCAAGCCCUGGAACAGAAGAUCCAGGACAGCAGUGGGGAGGCCUCCUGGGAGCCCGUGGAGAACGGACAGUGCGCGCCGCGAGAGUGGCGCUCGGUGGCGGCGGGCGGUGACGAGGCCAUGAAUGACAUCGUGGUCUACCACAGAGGCUCCCGGGCCUGCAAGGACGCAGCCGUGGGGACAGUCAGCGAGACGCGGAAUUCGGGGGUCAGCGUGACGGAGGCCAUGCUCGGGGUGACUACGGAAGCUGACAAGGAGAUUGAGCUGCAGCAGCAGACCAUAGAAGCCCUCAAGGAGAAGAUCUACCGCCUGGAAGUGCAGCUUAAGGAAACCACGCAUGACCGCGAAAUGACGAAGCUGAAACAGGAGCUGCAGGCGGCUGGGUUGAGGAAAAGGGCCGACAAGGCCACGCAGGCCCAGCCCCUGGUUGUCAACCAGAUGGUGGAGGCAGUGGUCCAGAUGCGAGAACAGGUGGUCGGCAAUCACGUGGAUGUAGUGGACAUCGGUGUGGGGACUUGCACGCAGACGAAUAGCGUGGGCAUCUCCUGCCAGCCCACACAGAAGGAUCAAGUGUGUGGGCCCGAGCUGCCCAUGAGCUGCUGGGUUGUUAAACAGAGGGUGGACACGUGUGACCAGGCUACCGGAAGGACACUGGAGACCUGCGACCGGAGCGUGAGCGUGGAAGUCGGCGUGUGUGAAACGGGCAGCAACACGGAGGAGUCUGUCAGCGACCUGAUGCUCCUCAAGACAAACUUGAACCUCCAAGAAGUGAGAUCUAUCGGCUGCGGAGACUGCUCCGUGGACGUGGUGCUCAGCCCUCCCAAGGAGCACGCCUCGCGUGGGGUGAACACCGAGGCCGCGGGCCGAGUGGAAGCUGCCAUCACGGCCGCGCCGCUGACCACAGACCAGCACACCAGCACGGUUUUACAGCAGGUGGACCAGGUCACCAACACUGAGGCCGCCUCCUUCAUCGACGCCUCCACCAACACCUGCCUCAGUACUUUGGACAAGCAGACCAGCACCUGGCCCGUGGAAACACGGACAGUGGCUGCUGGAGAAGGUCGCGUCAAGGACAUCAACUCUUCCCCCAAGACGCGGUCCGUCGGAGUGGGGACCGUGCUUUCCGGCAGUUCUGGACUUGACAGGCCGUCGCCAGUGAAGACCAAGGAGUCGGGUGUCGGGCAGAUCAAUGUUCAUGACAGCUAUUUGGUGGGUCUCAAAAUGAGGACCAUAGCGUGCGGGCCCCCGCCGCUGACUGUGGUCCCAGCAGCCGCAGCCAACCGGAGGAGCGUGGGAGUCGGGGAUGAGCCCGUUGGGGACUUGACAGAGAAGCCCCAGGCCCAGGCUGCUCCUCCUCCUCCUCCAGGCAUGAUGGCGGGCCUGGACCACUACAUCGAGCGUGUCCAGAAGCUCCUGGCAGAGCAGCAGACGCUGCUGGCGGAGAACUACAGUGAGUUAGCGGAGGCAUUCGGGGAGCCUGGCUCACAGAUCGGCUCGCUCAACUCGCAGCUCAUCAGCACCCUGUCCUCCAUCAAUUCCGUCAUGAGGUCUGCAGGCAGCGAGGAGUUGAGGAACCGUGAUCCACAGAACAGCCUGGGGAGGCUCCCAGGAAGUAAGCUGGGAUGCACCUGCAAGUGCAGAGGUCUUCAGCCUGGACCUCUGGGGGCCCCGACGGGCUCGCCUGACCAGGACCUGGGCACCCCAGAAGAGAGGCCCUUCAGCAGCCGGAGUGCCUUCACCACUCAGGAAAUGUCUCCCUCGCCCGUGAACCUGACUGAUGACCAGAUAGCCGCCGGACUCUAUGCAGGUGCAAAUAACGAAAACACACUGAAGUCCAUCAUGAAGAAAGACGGUAGCAAAGACUCCAACGGCGCAAAAAAGAAUCUCCAGUUUGUUGGCAUCAAUGGAGGGUAUGAAACAACUUCAAGUGAGGAUUCGAGCUCAGAUGAAAGUUCUUCUUCCGAGUCAGAUGACGAAUGUGAUGCCCUUGAAUACCCUCCUGAAGAAGAGGAGGAGGAAGAGGAGGAGGAGGAGGAAGACACUCGGGGAAUGGCUGAAGGGCAACACGCAGUUAACAUGGAAGGUUUCAAGUCCGCCAGGGUGGAAGAUGAAAUGCAGGUUCCGGAAUGUGAACCUGAGCAGGUGGAAAUCAGAGAGAGGUAUGAAUUAAGUGAAAAGAUGUUAUCUGCAUGCAACUUGCUGAAAAAUAAUAUCAAUGACCCCAAAGCCCUGACCAGCAAAGACAUGCGCUUCUGUCUCAACACCCUGCAGCACGAGUGGUUCCGCGUGUCCAGCCAGAAGUCGGCCGUGGCCGCCAUGGUGGGAGACUACAUCACGGCCUUCGCCGCCAUCUCGCCGGAAGUGCUGCGCUACGUCAUCAACAUGGCCGACGGCAACGGCAACACGGCGCUGCAUUACAGCGUGUCCCACUCCAACUUCGAGAUCGUGAAGCUGCUGCUGGACGCGGAUGUGUGCAACGUGGAUCACCAGAACAAGGCGGGGUACACCCCCAUCAUGCUGGCCGCCCUCGCUGCAGUGGAGGCCGAGAGGGACAUGCGGGUCGUGGAGGAGCUGUUCGCCUGUGGGGAUGUCAACGCCAAAGCCAGUCAGGCGGGCCAGACGGCCCUCAUGCUGGCGGUCAGCCACGGCCGGAUCGACAUGGUCAAGGGCCUGCUGGCCUGCGGGGCCGAUGUCAACAUCCAGGAUGACGAGGGCUCCACCGCCCUGAUGUGCGCCAGUGAGCACGGCCACGUGGAGAUUGUCAAGCUGCUCCUAGCCCAACCGGGCUGCAACGGGCACCUGGAGGACAACGAUGGCAGCACUGCGCUCUCCAUUGCCCUGGAGGCAGGGCACAAGGACAUCGCCGUACUUCUCUACGCCCAUGUCAACUUCGCCAAGGCCCAGUCUCCGGGCACCCCUAGGCUCGGAAGGAAGACGUCUCCCGGUCCCACCCACCGAGGCUCAUUCGACUGACCAUGCGCAACAAGCCCCCACUUGCAUGCCACCGUCACGCUGCUGCUCGUGCCUGUUGGGG